AUGAGGGAGAGCGAAACUAACACGUUGCCAGCUAGUUCCCACGUGCACCUGAACGAGCCUGGACGUACAGAUUGGGAAGGGUUCGAUACCGGUACUCGUGCAGCCCUCUCAGGCGGCGUGACCUGCGUAGUGGACAUGCCGCUCAACUCUUUCCCUCCUACGACGACGCGCGCAAACUUAGAAGUCAAGAAACGUGCCGCUCAGGGCCGCGUAUGGACAGACGUCGCCUUCUGGGGAGGGGUCAUACCUGGGAACGAGCACGAGCUGGGGGGGAUGGUCGAGGUCGGUGUGAAGGGGUUCAAGUGUUUCCUAGUAGACAGCGGUGUGCCGGAAUUCCCGAAUGUCGACCGGUCACAUCUUGAAACCACACUACCAUACCUCCGCACGCUAAACACCCGCCUCCUCUUCCACGCCGAGCUCGCCCCUUCCCUCCCCCCGGCACCCCCUUCCGACCCACACGCAUACAGCACCUUCCUCUCCUCCAGACCAGACAGCAGCGAGCUCCACGCUCUCCAACUCGUGCUCUCCCUCCCCGCUCCCCCCAGCCUAAAACUGCACAUCGUCCACCUCUCCUCUGCGGAGUGCCUCCCCACGCUCGCACGGGCCAAAGCACAGGGAGUGAACAUCUCAGUCGAGACGUGCUUUCACUACCUCUGCUUGUCGGCCGAAGAAAUUGGGCAAGGGAGGACAGAGUUCAAGUGCUGUCCCCCGAUCCGCUCUUCUGCUAAUCGCGCACUCCUCUGGCAAGCCCUGAAGGAGGGGACGAUAGACAUGGUCGUCUCCGACCACUCUCCCUGUACUCGCGCGCUAAAACAAGUAGACCAACCCGGAGGAGGGGACUUUACCUCCGCAUGGGGGGGCGUCUCCUCCCUCGGCCUGGGGCUGGCGUUGUUAGUGCAUGAAGGGCGGAAAUGGGGUGUGGGGGUUAGGAAGUGCGUACAAUGGAUGGGGGAGAGGACGGCGGAUUUUGUAGGGGUGGAGAAGGGGAGGCUGAGGCUGGGUGCAGGGGCCGAUUUGGUAGUGUUCGAUCAGGAGGAGGAACAUAUGAUAACCCUUGACACCCUCCUGGUCAAGAACAAGCUCACCCCUUACUCGGGCCAUACCGUCCAGGGCUGGGUGAAGCAGACCUGGCUAAGGGGGAAGCUGGCGUAUGACGCCGGUAGGGGGGAAGGGGGGUUCGAGGGGUUGCAGCCUGGGGGUGUGUUUGUCUGA